AUGGACGCGGACAGAAGUGCGACACCUGACAACAUGGCCAUGAGAACGGGGGAAAGUAGCUGCCCCACCAAAGGCAAGUCAGAGGCUGAAGAUGGCUCCAGUCGGGUGAUCACCAUUGUCUUCCUGGCACUCCUUAUAGACCUGCUGGGAUUCACUCUUAUUUUGCCACUCCUUCCUUCAAUCCUUGAGUAUUACAGCAAGAAUGAUGAUGGUUUCUAUCUAUCACUGCAGCAUGGCGUGGACUGGUUUGCUGCAGUGUUUGGGGUACCUCUGGAGAGGAAGUACAACACUGUCUUGUUUGGAGGUCUGAUUGGCUCCAUCUUUUCCAUCCUGCAGUUUUUUUCCUCUCCGCUCACGGGCGCUGCAUCUGACUGCUUGGGGAGAAGGCCGAUCAUGUUGUUGACAGUGGUGGGGUUGAUAGCAUCGUAUGCACUCUGGGCUAUCUCUAGGAGUUUUGGUAUUUUUCUUCUCUCCAGAGUCCUAGGUGGAAUAAGUAAAGGGAAUGUCAGCCUGUCUACUGCUAUAAUUGCUGACUUGCACUCUCCAAAAGCUAGGAGCAAGGGCAUGGCAAUGAUUGGUGUUGCUUUCUCACUUGGAUUUACCGUGGGUCCUAUGAUUGGAGCUUACCUUGCCAUGAAAACAGGGAAAGGAGAAGUCUUCUAUCUUCGGUCAGCUUUGCUUGCGCUCAUGUUUGCUGUUGCUGACUUAAUUUUCAUCUUCUUCCUGCUUCCGGAGACACUCCCCAAAGAAAAACGGGUAUCCUCCAUGAGGUGUGGAUUUCAGGCAGGGAGUGACUUGCUUAGUCCACUGGCUUUGUUUCAGUUCUCUGCAGUCACCAGAGGAAAGAACUCACCUUCGAGGGAGAACCUUCAGAAUCUCAAGGUCCUGGGCCUAGUUUAUUUCCUUUAUCUCUUCCUGUUUUCUGGUCUUGAAUACACAUUGAGUUUUCUCACCCAUCAACGAUUCCAGUUCAGCAGUAUGCAGCAGGGCAAGAUGUUUUUCUUUAUUGGGAUGACUAUGGCUGUGAUCCAGGGAGGCUACACUCGCCGAAUCAGACCAGGAUGUGAAAUCAAAGCCGUAAAAAGGGCUAUAAUGCUGCUGAUUCCAGCUUUCUUGUUAAUUGGAUGGGCUGGUAAUGUGACGGUGCUGAGUGCUGGACUGUUGCUCUAUUCUUUCGCCGCUGCCAUUGUUGUUCCUUGUUUGUCAGCAGUGGUGUCAGGCCAUGGCUCAGCCAGCCAGAAGGGAACAGUAAUGGGAAUUCUGAGGAGCCUGGGGGCCCUAGCAAGAGCUCUGGGACCAAUCUUGUCAGCAGCAGUUUAUUGGCUGGUAGGAGCUGAGGUUUGCUUCACUGUUUGUGCAGUUUUGUUCCUGCUUCCCCUCAUUCUUCUUGGUUACAUAAAGCAGCAAACAAAGGAGGAAUAA